AUGACAGGGACUCAGCACAAGCACUCUACUGAUGUGCACACCGAGGUAGAUACAAGUGGGCUAUUUACAGCCGUGGAGGUGAUUGAUGGGGCAGUGGUUAUUUCUAAGGGCAGUGUGACCAAUAAGUGGCCGUUAAGAAAAAGAUACAUUUCGUUUGCCACGAAUCAACAUCUGCUGAAGAGAGGCGCCUUUAUAGGGCACACGCCAGAAGAUACGCUAUUCCUUGUAAGGUAUCUAAAGGGCAGAGAAGAUGCGCUCGUUGGAAUGGUCGAGUACUACUCGCUGUUCGACACAACAAUAAUCUAUAUAUCGGGAAAAACCGUUACAACAAUUGACAUAAGCUCUGGAGAGAAAAAAACAGUGCUGGAAAGCGACGAAAGGAUUGGCGAUGCAAAGAUUCUCAUGUGCUGCGGAUCGAUGCUUCUCGUGUGCAAGAAGGCAAUACACAGGCUGGAGAUGGCAACGAGUCUAUACACCAAACUGCGCCUGAAAGUAACACUAGACCCGCGCACCGCAGAAGCAUCAAAGCUUGGAGAACAAAUACAGCUCGUUGUAAGCUGUAUCAAAGGAAACGUGUACGUUUUUGAAACAAAAAAAAUGGAAAUAAUAAGAAGCAUGAAAUACUUUGGAGCCCCCAUCAGCGCAAUUGGAUUCUGGAAGCCCGAGCCGUCCAUUCUUUUUGUGCUUACGUGUGCAGGAGAGCUCCUGGAUGUAGACUAUCAGAACAACAGAGUCCUCAAAAGAAAUAAUUUUCCAUUGGACAAUUACAGAGCGGUUGUUGCACUAAAAGGGAAAGCGAUGGUUUUUAUUUCAUCUAGCAAGAUAGUUAUUUAUUCACCGUACACAAACAGCAUCAGCACGGUGUAUAGGACACAGGACCCGGGCAAACAUUCUUUCAUUGCGGCAAUUCCAGACGAGCCCGCCAUUUUACCGGAAAGUCCGAAGAAUCCACCGGAAAAAAGAAAAACGGAAGAAGGCGCAGAGUCUCUGGAAGAGGGCGCUCUGCCAGCCGAUGUGCCCGGGAGUGCAAUGCAGGAAAAUUCUGAAAAGAUAAUAGUCGAAAGACCGGUUCGCUUGGACGUAGAGUACAGCCAAAAGAAAACGAAGCUAAGCGAAGAUUCUCCAGAGCAUCUUCUAGGCCAAGUGCAGAAUAAAACCGCAACUCCAUGUAAAAAACCAGCUGAUAUCUACGAGUCCUUUGAGAAGUUCAAGGACUCCGUGUAUCAAAUACACAAAGAAGUGCUUAAAGAAGUAUUUCAGUUGAAAAAACGGCUAGACAAGAUAGAAAGAUCUCUCUCAAAGUAA